AUGAGCGCAGUCAGGCCUGCAGAGCCACAGACCCCGGUCCUUCUGAACGAGAAGCUCGCGCUCGACUCACCUUCGCUGGAAGAUGAGAAGCCCGUCGUCCGAAUCACCCCCGCCUGGGAACGAGAACGCGAUGCAGCCGUCCUCAAGGCCGUAGAGGCGCACGACGAGGAGGAGCUGCGGCGUCUUUCGUCCCAGCCGGGUGGCUUCGGUUCCCGAACCGCACGGCGAGCGGCAUGCCGAGCACGCGGCAGCACGCCCGAUAAGACUGCCGACAACGCUAGCACAGAUACCGCGAGCGCCUCUGUCGUCUUCACGCCGCACGCCGAUGAGGGACAAGUGCUGCUGGACACGCGGCGGGCGUUCGUCGCGUACCCCCGCGGCAUCUCUGGCGGCUCGAAAGCAGCCAUGCAGGAGGACCUGCAGGCGCUCAUCUGCUCUGUGCUCCAGCAGCAUCCCCGCCUCUCAUACUUCCAGGGCCUGCACGAUAUCGCCACAGUGCUCUACCUAACGCUCCUCCGGAGCGUGCCCUACCCCGCGCAGCCCGGGGAAGAAGAGAAGCGGGAAUGGGACACGCUGACGCAGGCGACCAAGAUUGUCUGCCUGUACCGCGUGCGCGACGCAAUGGGCGCGGGCCUGGGGCCGAUGAUGGGCAUGCUCCGCCUCCUCCGGCGGCUGCUGGCCAAGGCGGACCCGGAACUCUACAGGUUGUCUUCUACUCCCGACGCUGCCCUUCUUCGCGCUAUCCUGGAUCCUGACCCUCUUCUCGCACGACAUCGACACACUGUAUCCCGUGCAGCGCAUCUUUGA